AUGGAUAGUAAGUCGUUAGAAAUAAUAUCACAGUUUAAAGAUGCCCUUGCAGCAAGAAGUAAAGUUGAUGGCACACUAGUCAACACCUCAACGAAAACAACUUCAUCAUCAGGAGGCAACGAUACUCUUCCUACAUACAAUCGAGGUCUCAAACUAAACUUCCAACAUCCAUCACUAGACGCUCUCAAUGCAAAAUCAGUAGAGUACAAUGGUGAUAAAUUUACCGUGUUGACUAACCAUUCGAUUGAACGUGGUAAUUUAAGGAACAAGAGGAAAUGGAGCCAGUUUUAUCGUGACAGCAAUGAGGAAAACCCCGAGGGAGAUGACGAAGAGGACGAAGAGGACGACGCAGUGUGGUCAGAAGACGAUCUUGACGAAGAGGACGAGAUACACCCUUUGACAGAGUCUCGUAUAAUUGAACUAUUAUCUCCAAUCAAUCAUCCCCUGGAACUCGUUACUCACCCAGCCAUUUCCAAAACGUACCAACUGCAAACUCUAAACAAAUUGGCAAUGGAGUUGAUUGAGUUGAUUGAGUUUGAGCAGAACAAUCUCAACUGGUUGAACAAGUUGCUUCAAGUGUUGAAUGGUGAAGAUUGGUUUUAUUUGUUGGAGGAAAACAUUGGAUUAAGAGAUUAUGAUCAUGGAUUGGAUGAGGACAAGAAGAAGACAAUUGCGAAAAAGAAGGAAAAACUUCUGAGUGGAUCUGCCAAAACCAAUGAUUCGAAUCGGUUAAUGAGCGAAGAAGAAGAGCAAGCUGAUCCAUUUUUCGCAUUGCCAACGGCAGUAAGGAGAUUUGAAGCGUUUCAGGAACAAUUGGAUUCUAAGGAUGAAACGGGUGUCAAAGAAGAGCUCAUCAACUACCUACAAGUGAGUAUCCAGAGACAGCAUGAGUAUAUUGAAAACCUAACUCAAUUGAGAAAUGGCUUAGUGCGGGCAGACCGAUUAAAGAAUGAUCUUUACAAUUGGGGACAGGAAAUGCACGAUAAGAAAAGCUCGUAA